AUGAAACUUGUUGUCUCGUGCUCUUCCGUACAAACAAUAGUCGAUAUCCUGGAUGAAUCUGAAGGAGAAAACUCUAUUUCCACUCUUGGACAACUUCGUGAGCGGAUUGCAGCAGACAACGAUGUGGAUGCAGAAACAAUGAAGCUGCUCCAUAGAGGAAAGUUCCUCCAAGGCGAAGCGGACGUCUCAUUGUCCACUAUUAACUUCAAAGAGAACGAUAAAAUCAUUGUGAUGGGUGGAAAGAAUGCAAUGGCCGAUGACGCCGGUUUCAAAAUGCUCAUGCAAUACGAGAAGCAUAAUCUCAGCAACCUUCAGAAGACUUAUGAUGUCAAUCUGAAGGACGUUGCCGAUCUGGAACGGGGCUUUUUAGAAAAACCGAAGCAAGUCGAGAUGGGAAAGAAACUAGAGAAGAAAGUGAAAUUUUUCAAUGAAGAAGCAGAACGGCACCUGGAGACGCUUGACGGUAUGAACAUUAUCACGGAUGCAACUCCAGAUAAUCAAGCGAAGCGUAACCGCGAGAAACGCAAAACUCUCAUCAAUGGAAUCCAAACUCUCUUGAACCAAAACGACGCCCUUCUCCGGAGACUUGAGCAAUAUAUGUCUAUCCUAAACGGAGAUAUUCUUGAAUAA